AUGUUGCUUUAUAUAUUGGCAUACUUCACUUUGGCGCUAUCCGCCGUAAUACCAAGUACUUCCUCAUCAACUUUCCAUCUCACAGAACAAGAGAAAGAGUACCUCAAAAAUGAUCCAAAGGUAACUCACAAGAUUACAUUCACUAUAUCUCAAGGCAAAUCGCCGGCAAAGAAAUUGGGUAAACUCACAUUGGCGCUUUUUGGUGAAACUGUACCGAUAACCGUGGAUAAUUUUUACCAAUUAUCUGCCAUGACUAGAGGGUACGGGUACCAAGAUUGCGAAUUCCAUCGGAUUAUUAAUGAUUUUAUGAUCCAGGGCGGUAACUACGAUGGUCAAGGCGGCAAGUCCAUAUAUGGUGGUAGUUUCAAUGAUGAAAACUUUGACUUGAAGCAUGAUAAAUUGGGACGUUUAUCCAUGGCCAAUGCUGGUCAAAAUACCAAUGGUGGACAGUUUUUCAUAUUGGACACGGAGAAAACACCACAUUUGGAUGGCAAGCAUGUGGUAUUUGGCCAACUCAUUGAUGGGUUCGACACUUUGGACAAAAUCAGUAGCACAGAUGUUGUUGAUUCAAGACCAGUUGAACGGAUAUACAUUAGCGAGAUUGAUACAGCAGCAUUUGAUUACAAUGCACAAGAAGCAGAGGAGAAGGCAGAGCAGUUAAAGCCAGAAGAUCCCAUUGCCGUUGAGGAUGCGAAAGUAGACGCAGAAGAAAUCCGUCUAAGUGCCAUUUAUCCAUUCUUUUUAGUAUUACUACUGGUUGGUGCUUUGGGCGUAGCUUACAAAAAGAUGCGUAAGCGACUGAUUACAGAUAUUCGCAGCAAUCACUUUUAG